UGCGGACCGUGUGUGUGUGCACAUAGAGGAUGGCUCAGUGCUCAGGUGCAGGCAGCAGACUUUGGGAACCAGUCAAGCAGGCAACAGGACCAGACUUUACACCCAGACAGAGCUUUUUGCUGGGCUGAGGGCUGGAGAUUGAGCCCUCUUUUUGGACCUCCAUCCCUGAAGCUCUCUUAAUCUACCUGUAACUAAGCUUUCAUUUAUACACUAUUCAUUAACAAGAGGACCAUUUCAACUGUGUGUGGAUCCUAAAUGUUUAAAGGAAAUUCUUCUUCUUUUUGUAUUUGUUAUAAUUUGGCACUCAUUUACACUGUGAGCUCUGAGUGGAAGCAGCUGUCUUGUCAGCCGUGGAUUUUGCAGAGGUGAAAGAGAGGAGUAUGUCCUGUCUGUGCCAUGCCCCAAACUGGACCUCAGUGGAUAGCUGCUGAGGGAAAUAAGGCACAAAAGAGAGAGCCAAAUCUUUAAAACGAGGACAGGAAAGUCCUCAGACAAUCUCCCUCUCACACACCUGUGAGGGCUCACUCUCUGACAAAAGAACAGCCGAGAAGAGGAGGAACAAAAAGAUAAUUAGGAGCCAAGAAGAUAAGGCUAAAGGGGAGACUUUGGGUCCAGACUCCCUUCCUUCAUUCAUCCCUCCUUUUUCAGUUCCCACCUGUGUGGAUUAAUUGGGCUGGAGAACCAUGGCGCAUGCCGCUUCGCAGCUGAAGAAAAAGGCGGACGAGAACCUCGCUGCAGAGGAAGAGAAGGAGAAGGAGAGGAAGAAGUCAAGGAAACGGUCUCGCGAACCAAAGAAAAAGACAGACGUAAACGCUUGUUAUCUGCGGGCUGCUCGGGCUGGCAACCUUGAGAAAGCGUUGGAUUACCUGAAAAAUGGGGUUGACAUUAAUAUUUGCAAUCAGAAUGGCCUCAAUGCUCUCCAUCUGGCUUCGAAGGAGGGCCAUGUGGAAGUGGUGGCUGAGCUCAUCAAACAGGGUGCCAAUGUGGAUGCUGCUACUAAGAAAGGAAACACUGCCCUCCACAUAGCUUCUCUUGCUGGACAGACAGAGGUGGUGAAGGAGCUUGUCACCCACAGUGCCAACGUCAAUGCUCAGUCUCAGAAUGGCUUCACUCCGCUGUAUAUGGCAGCGCAGGAGAAUCACUUGGAUGUGGUGCAGUUCUUAUUGGACAAUGGCUCCAGCCAGAGCAUCGCCACUGAGGAUGGUUUCACUCCGCUGGCGGUUGCACUGCAGCAAGGCCAUGACCAGGUAGUUUCCCUUUUGCUGGAAAAUGACACCAAGGGGAAGGUCCGCCUCCCAGCGUUGCACAUCGCUGCACGUAAAGAUGACACCAAGGCUGCCGCCCUCCUCCUCCAGAACGACCACAAUGCUGAUGUGGAGUCUAAGAUGAUGGUGAAUAGAACAACAGAGAGCGGGUUCACUCCUCUGCAUAUUGCGGCUCACUACGGCAACAUCAACGUAGCAACACUGCUGCUUAACAGAGGGGCAGCUGUGGACUUCAAGGCGAGGAACGACAUAACACCGCUGCACGUAGCAUCCAAACGUGGGAACAGCAACAUGGUGCGACUGCUGCUGGAGAGAGGGGCCAAGAUAGAUGCACGCACCAAGGACGGUCUAACUCCUCUUCACUGUGGCGCCAGAAGUGGCCAUGAGCAAGUAGUGGAGAUGCUGCUGAACAGAGGAGCUCCAAUACUGUCAAAGACCAAGAACGGUCUGUCUCCUCUUCACAUGGCGACGCAAGGCGACCACCUCAACUGUGUUCAGCUGCUGCUGCACCACGACGCGCCCGUGGAUGACGUGACAAACGACUACCUGACGGCGCUGCACGUUGCUGCCCACUGUGGGCACUACAAGGUGGCGAAGGUCAUCGUGGACAAGAAAGCCAAUCCCAACGCCAAGGCGCUGAAUGGUUUCACUCCCCUGCACAUUGCCUGCAAGAAAAACAGACUUAAGGUGAUGGAGCUGCUUCUGAAGCAUGGAGCGUCUAUACAGGCUGUCACAGAGUCCGGUCUGACGCCGAUCCACGUUGCAGCUUUUAUGGGACAUGAAAACAUCGUCCACCAGCUAAUCAACCACGGGGCUUCACCAAACACAAGCAAUGUGAGGGGGGAGACAGCACUCCACAUGGCAGCGAGGGCGGGACAGUCCAAUGUGGUCCGGUAUCUGAUUCAGAAUGGAGCACGAGUCGACGCCAAGGCCAAGGAUGACCAGACUCCUCUGCACAUCUCAAGCCGUCUUGGUAAGCAAGAUAUUGUGCAGCAGCUCCUGGCGAACGGAGCAUACUCAGAUGCCACGACCAACUCUGGAUACACCCCCCUACACCUAGCCGCCAGGGAGGGGCACAGAGAUAUAGCUGCAACGCUGCUGGACCAUGGAGCUAGUCUGGGCAUUACUACUAAGAAGGGCUUCACUCCUUUGCACGUCGCAGCAAAAUAUGGGAAAAUCGAGGUGGCCAACCUGCUGCUGCAGAAGAACGCUCAGCCUGAUGCUGCUGGAAAGAGUGGACUAACUCCACUGCAUGUAGCAGCACACUAUGAUAACCAGAAGGUGGCGCUGCUCUUGCUCAACCAGGGAGCCUCACCGCACGCUGCUGCAAAGAAUGGUUACACUCCACUACAUAUUGCAGCUAAGAAGAAUCAGAUGGAGAUAACGACCACCUUACUGGAAUACAGCGCCUCUACCAACUCUGUAACGCGGCAGGGCAUCACUCCCCUGCACCUUGCAGCGCAGGAAGGAAACGUGGACAUUGUGACGCUGCUGCUGGCUCGGGACGCUCCUAUUCACAUGGGCAAUAAGUCUGGUUUGACUCCACUUCACCUGGCUGCCCAGGAGGAUAAAGUCAAUGUUGCUGAGGUCUUGUGCAAUCAAGGAGCCUUCAUAGAUCCAGAGACCAAGCUUGGAUACACUCCACUUCAUGUGGCCUGUCACUAUGGCAACGUGAAGAUGGUUAACUUUCUGCUGAAAAAUCAGGCGAAGGUCAACGCCAAGACAAAGAACGGCUACACACCUCUCCAUCAGGCUGCACAGCAGGGACACACACACAUCAUCAACUUGCUGUUACACCAUGGAGCAUCGCCCAAUGAACUCACUAAUAAUGGAAACAGCGCUCUGUCCAUUGCAAGGAGGCUCGGCUAUAUCUCUGUUGUGGACACGCUCAAGGUGGUCACAGAGGAGACUCUGACCACUCAGACUGUAAUCGAGAAGCACAAAAUGAAUGUCCCCGAGACCAUGAACGAGGUGCUGGACAUGUCCGAUGAUGAAGUGUAUAAAGCCAAUAUCCCCGAAAUGAUCACAGAGGACUAUUUUUCUGAUGUGGAAGAAGAAAUGGAUGUUGGAAAUAUCUGCAUCAGCUAUUCCUGUGACGAUGCGAUGACGGGGGACACGGACAAAUAUAUGGCCCCCCAGGAUCUGCGGGAACUGGGCGACGACUCACUCCCUCAGGACGGCUACAUGGGCUUCAGCAUUGGGGCACGAUCUCAGAGUCCGAAAGUCAGUUCUGAUAGGUCCAACAUGCUGAACCGGAGCUCGUUUACACGGGACAGCAUGAUGAUAGAGGAGAUACUGGCGCCGAGUAAGGAGAUGAUGCUUCGUAAGGAAAAGUCUUUCAUUGUAGAGCAACACAAUAAGCAUUUGGCAGCGGCUAAGGACUUUGACAGCGACUCUCUGAGGAGGUACAGCUGGACUGCAGAUGCACUGGAUAAUGUCAACCUAGUGUCCUCACCAAUACACUCUGGUUUUUCCUCUCCGCUCCCGCAGUACGACAGCAGGUUCCUGGUCAGCUUCAUGGUCGACGCCAGGGGUGGUUCCAUGAGAGGAAGCCGUCACAACGGCAUGAGAAUCAUCAUCCCGCCCAGAAAGUGCACAGCACCCACCCGGAUCACGUGUCGACUGGUGAAGAGGCACAAAUUGGCGUCGCCUCCCCCGAUGGUGGAAGGAGAAGGCCUGGCCAGCAGACUUGUUGAGGUCGGUCCCGCAGGAGCGCAGUUCCUUGGGCCUGUGAUAGUGGAGAUCCCUCAUUUUGGCUCGAUGCGGGGCCAGGAGAGAGAGCUGAUCCUGCUGCGCAGUGAGAACGGAGAAACCUGGAAGGAGCAUCUGUACGACUGCAAGACUGACGACCUCAAUCAGCUCCUCAAUGGCAUGGACGAAGAACUGGACAGUCCCAACGAGCUGGAGAGGAAGAGAAUCUGCCGCAUUAUCACCAAGGAUUUCCCGCAAUACUUUGCAGUAGUGUCUCGUAUCAGACAAGAGACGCACCAGAUGGGACCAGAGGGCGGGACUCUGUGCAGUCGCAGCGUCCCAUUGGUUCAGGCUUCCUUUCCAGAGGGAGCACUAACCAAGAAAAUCAAGGUUGGAUUGCAGGCUCAGCCAGUACCUGAUGAGGCCGUGAAGAAAAUCCUUGGUAAUCGAGCAACCUUCAGCCCCAUUGUUACUGUGGAGCCAAGAAGAAGGAAGUUCCAUAAACCAAUCACCAUGACAAUCCCAGUCCCGCCCCUCUCAGGGGAGGGGCUUACAAAUGGCUACAAAGGAGACUAUACUCCCUCCCUGCGCCUUCUCUGUAGCAUCACAGGUGGUACAUCACCAGCACAGUGGGAAGACAUCACAGGCACAACUCCUCUCACCUUUGUGAAUGACUGUGUCUCCUUCACCACUAAUGUUUCUGCCAGGUUCUGGUUAGCAGACUGCCACCAGAUACCAGAGACGGUGGGCCUGGCCACACAGCUCUACAGGGAGCUGAUCUGUGUGCCCUACAUGGCCAAGUUUGUGGUGUUUGCUAAGAUGAAUGACUCAGUGGAGUCCAGCCUGAGGUGCUUCUGUAUGACGGAUGACAAGGUGGAUAAAACCCUGGAGCAGCAGGAGAACUUUGAGGAGGUGGCCAGAAGCAAAGACAUAGAGGUUCUGGAGGGCCGGCCUAUAUAUGUGGAUUGUUAUGGGAACUUGGCUCCCCUGACCAAAGCUGGUCAGCAGUUAGUUCUUAACUUCUACGCCUUCAAGGAGAACCGUCUGCCUUUCUGUGUCAAGGUCAGAGAUCCCAGUCAAGAGCCGUGUGGUCGUCUCACUUUCCUGAAAGAAUGUAAGAUCAUGAAAGGCCUUCCACAAACUGCCGUGUGCAACCUGAACAUCACGCUUCCCGCAGUGAAAAAGGAAACGGAGUCAGAUGCCGAGGAUGAGACUGAAAAGCCAGAUCGACAACGUCAUACCUUUGCAUCCCUAGCCUUACGUAAGCGCUACAGCUAUCUGGCCGAGCCUGCACUGAAAACAGCAGUUGAACGAAGCGCAGCAACAAGAGCAUUGCCUGCUGGUUACCCUCACAAACCUAUCUUUCCAACCAGACCUUGCCCACCAUGGUCGACUGCUCCUAUUACCGUCCCUGGCCAAACAAGGCCCGUCGGAAUGGGGGGUGCCCUCAUCUCUACCGAUUCACCGGCAGCCUCACCAGCUGCUUCUCCACUGAAAUCUACUUGGCCCCUCUCAGCCCCAUCAGCUGCAUGUCCCACAACUAUAAAAGUUCCACCAGCGCUUACCCUGUCAUCCCCAGUCAAAUCUGCCAGUGACAUAGCGUCCUCAUCCCCCAUCCGUUCUUACAGGACUAUGCCCUCACCCAUUAAAACUGUAGUCCAGCAGGGUCAGUACCCUGUCCAGGGAUCUACCAGCCUUGUGUCCUCUGGAAGUCCAUGCAAACCUGCCACUGAUCCAGCUUCUAUCAAAAGUCUUGCUUCAGCAUAUACAUCAAGGACUUCUCCACUUCACUCAAUGCCCAAUGGUUAUAUACCAGAAAGGUCUCCAGCUCCUGUUCCUUCUACAGCAUCACCAAAGACAUCGUACAGCAUGUACAGUUCUAAUCUACCUUUUAAAACUGCCCUUGGGUCCACAGUUGUGACAGAUGCAGGGGCGCAUACCCUGUCUUCUGUUAAAAGCAUCUCCAGUCUGUCCUCUUUGAAAACCUCUGUAGACUCAACACUCUCAUCCCGUGGAGGGAGGACAUCCAUCUCAUCUCUCUCUUCCACUGGCCAAACAACCAUUGCUUCUUCAGAAUUGUCCAUGAUGAAUGGAUCUGUCUCACCUGUAAAAUAUCCAUCCUCUUCGUCCACUCCAUCCUCCCCUUCUUCACGCCUUAUUUCAGAGAGAAGUAGCAGCCUUCAAGAGAGGAUCCAGGCCACCACCCAGGCAGCAACCUCUGGUGUCAGCGCAGCCAUAAAUGAGGCUAUAGACUCGUACUCUGUCUCAGGCUACGGUACUCUUAAGUCACUGUCGUCCUCGCGUAGAUCUGCAACAGCAAGCUCUGCUUAUGGUUCUCUGAGAUCUGUAGCUGCCUCCCCAAACACGGCAGUUUCGUCUAAUACAAUGACUGUGCCUGUCUAUUCACUGGUUAAUGUCAUCCCAGAGACCCCUGCCAAACCAGGACCUGGGUCUCUUAAGAUGGCUCUUCCCGACUCCUCUCGCACCUCAUCAUCUCUAUCUUCCUCUUUGUCUUCCUGUGUUACUACAACAAAAAUAAAUUCCCAGUUAAAAUCCCCUCCAUUUAUCACACCACCCAUCAUCCACCCGACUGCAGCUUCUAACCAGGAGAUAUUGAAAGAUGUAGCAGACAUGAAACAAGAUCUGAUUAGGAUGACAGCUAUUCUGCAGACAGACACACAGACUGCAGCUAAAACUGUCCAAACUUCACAUACUGGCACUCCCAAAGAGACUAAGUUAGAGGAAGAGGAGCCAUAUACUCUGGUGGAGAAAGUAAAAGAAGAUUUAGUCAAAGUCAGUGAGAUAUUACAGAAAGAUAUCAUUAGUGAAGCUAAAGAAAGAGCCUCAGAGGACGAAUGGGAAGAAUUUUCCAAAGAUGAGAUUGAAGAGGCACAAAGAAGUGCCAUCUCAGACUAUUACCCUCCUUUUGAUGAACACACACUUUUACUUAAGCACCAGUCAAGCAAAGAGUUAGACUUGGCUAAAGUAGUAGACUUUUUAACAAAUGAUAUCGGUGCUAGCUCUCUCUCAAAAAUGGCAGAGCUGAAAUGUAAGUAUGAGGAAGAGGCAAAAAGAGAUGGGGAAGAGAAACAGAAACGUGUUCUCAAGCCAUCCAUGUCAAUACAGGAGCACAAACUCAAAAUGCCUCCACCAGUUUCAGGCAUGCUCAGAUCUCCCUCAGAGAAGGACCUAAGCAAACUUGCUGAGUCAUAUCAAGGGUCGGACACUAUAUUGGAAUCGCCAGAGGAUCUGUCUCAUGAGCAGGAUAAGAGUCCUCUGUCAGACAGUGGGUUUGAGACCAGGAGUGAAAAGACACCCUCUGCUCCCCAAAGUGCAGAGAGCACAGGACCUAAGCCUUUAUUCACAGAUUCCCCUAUCCCCCCCUGCGUAACAGAGACCAGGACUGAAGUAGUCCAUAUUAGGAGCUAUGAGCAGCCUGAUGAGCUUUGUGAGCCUGGACUAAUGGAAGAGGCUGCAACUGCUCUCCCUGCCAUAGAACCACCUGAAGCAAUUUCAGCAAGCUCCAGCAAAGCCCUACAGAUGAAAAUGCCCGAAGAUGACUCAAUGAAAAGCAUGUGUCUUAAAGAGGAAACCCACAUUACUACUACUACCAGAAUGGUUUAUCAUAAGCCCCAACUGACUGAUGGUGCAGAGAUGAUAGAGGAGGCAAUGUCAGUUAGAGAUAUCAUGAAAGCUUUCCAGUCAGGUAGGGAUCCAUCUAAAGAUUUCGCAGGUCUUUUUGAACACAAAGCUAGCCAGGAUUCUGUCAAAGGUGAUGAGCUCACUCCUAGAUUUCUUGACAGAGAUGUUAAAUCCAAACCCAAAGUUGAAAGGAUAAUUGAGGUUCAUAUUGAGAAGGGCCACAGCACUGCAGAACCGACUGAGGUCAUUAUCAGGGAAACCAAGAAACACCCCGAGCUUUAUGUUUACAAAGGUGAUCGGGGGAUAAAGGAACUGACUGAUUAUGAUGAAGCCCAACAAGAAGAAGAGGAGCUUGCUGUUGAAGAAUCCCUGCCCACCUUUCUGGAAACAUCUCGUGUUAAUACGCCGGUGUCACAGGAAGAAGACAGUCGUCCGAGUUCUGCUCAACUCAUAGCAGAUGAUUCAUAUAAAGCACUUAAAUUGUUGAGCCAGCAGUCCAUAGAAUACUGUGAUGAUGAGCUAUCAGAGAUCCGAGGCGAGUCGUACAGGUUUGCUGAGAAAAUGCUUCUCUCUGAAAAACUUGAUGCGGCAUCACUGAGCCACUCUGACACAGAGGAUUCAGCACUGGUUUGUGACAAAAUCCGCCACCUGGGUACUGAAGAAAGUAGUAGCCGUAGCACUGAGGGUGCAAGUCAACAGCAAGGAAGCCCCAAAAGAGAGUUUGUCUCAAAGUCAUCAAAAGAUGGGUCUCCUAAAUCUGCUAAAUUCCUGCACAGGGAUGAUCCAUCUCAGUUUGAUAAGGUAACAGUGCUCCAUUACUCCACAGAACAGGGCAGCCCUAAACAUGCAGUUUGGAUGCGUUUUACAGAGGAUAAACAUGACAGGAGCAGGGAUAAGUUACUUUAUGAGGAUAGGGUGGACCAAACUGUAAAGGAAGCUGAAGAAAAACUCAGUGAGGUCUCACAGUUCUUCCGUGAUAAAACGGAAAAGCUCAAUGAUGAGCUUCAGUCUCCUGAGAAAAAGCCUAUAAAGCGAGAGCUCAAGGAUCCCAGGUCCUGGCCUAGCUCACCCAGCAGCAGUCCAGAGAAAACCCAGCAGAAACCCAAAGCAGAAGAGGUGUUCAGUAAAAGCAAACUCAGGGAGCCUUCAGUUGGUAAAAUGUUUGGCAGCACCACAGCAGCUGAAAAGAAAAGCUCUAGUCUACCAAGCAGCCCACAGAAAACUGUUCUCUCUCAUACUAGUGAGGAUAAAAUCAAACAACAGACAAAGUCCUGUGUGUCUGAACCCUCCUCUCCUGCUCAUGUAAAAUCAACAUCCAAAGUGAGUGAAGUGAGAAAGAAGUUUGAAUCGGAGGCUCAAAAAGUUAGUCAAAGUCAGUCUAGUCCAGCCAAAAUUCCUCCUCCAGUACAGCCAAAACCGUCAAUAAAGAAAUUGCAGGAGAGCAAACUUCCCGUUUAUCAGUUUUUUGCAGGAGGAAAAGUGUCUAAAGCAUCUGAAACUUCAGAAGAAGUAAGCCCAAAAAAGGAUGCUGAGAAGGACACAAAUGGAAGUAAACCUGGUUUGAUAUCAGCAUGCCCAAAAGUCCCCAAACUAGACAAGCCACCUAACAAAAACAUCCCAGAUGCCUCUGUACAAAUCAUUGAAACAAAGACAGACAAAGUAGGCACUAAAGGGAAGGCUAGUCCAUCCAGUGCAACUCAGGCAAUUAAAGAAAGCAAUAAAAGUCAGAAAGCUCAAUCACCUAUAAUUCCUGACAGUGCUAAAAUUCCAGAAAAAGCCACUGACAGUAAAAAAUACCAACAAGUUACAAAAAGUGAAAGUGCUUCCAAAGAAAUUAUAACUGAGCUAUUCAAAAAGGAAGCAGAGGAAACACUAAAUAAAAAUCUUAGAAAAAAGACAGAAUCUCAAAUUCCUGUUAGAAAUACAUCCCUCUCUUUAGAUAAUGACCUCACUAAGAAACCAACAAUAACUAGACCCUCACAGAUACCAACACUACCUAAAACCAAAGUACAAAGUCAUGAGACAGUCCCAGCCAAAACAGAUCUAACCUUUGAAAUUCUUGAUAAUGCACCCAAAGAUUCAAAUUCCAAUAACCUUCCUAGCCCCAUAGAAAUGUUGGAGAAAGCCAUUACACCUCCAGCUGCUACAACAACCAGAGAGAACUUCAAAGGCAUAAAAACAUUACCUGUUUAUGUUGGCGUUCAGGUGGGUAGACAGGCAGAGAGGGAAGCUAAAGGAGCACUGUACAAUGUCAAACAAAAAUCAAACUUAGCCCUAAGCCCCAUAAGCCCAGAUGAUGACACACUAGAGCAGGUUUCUUUCAUUGACAGCUCGGGAAAAAGUCCCAUUACACCAGAGACUCCCAGCUCGGAGGAGGUCAGCUAUGAUCUCACAUGCAGGACCCCUGAUGGCUUUAUGGGAUUCUUGCCAGGGAAACCAAGCCCCAUCAUGGAGGUAUCUGAGGAAUCAGAGGGAGAUGACCAGGGCAAGGUUUUCUCUUUUAAAGAGGCCCUACCAGAAAGUAAAACCAGUAUUUACUCUACCCAAGCAGACAUAGCUAAUGCCAAUAAGGAAGAAAUAAAAACUGAUAAUCAACACGAGUUGAGCGUCAGCAAUUUAAACCAACAUGAAAGAGUCACUGGCAUGCAUGACGAAAUAACAGGACAGGAGAAGCAACAAGCAUCAAAAGACAAAGGUAUUGCAUAUAUUGAGUUCCCUCCCCCUCCUCCUCUGGACUCAAGUUCAGAAAUGUCAGACCCAGAGAGAAAAGGUUCCUGUGCUUCUUCCGAGACCGAGACGGAAAUGAUGGAGGUGAAUUUGCAGGAAGAACAUGACAAGCAUUUCCUGAUCGAGCCAAUUAUACGAAUACAGCCCCCAUCCCCAGUGCCCCCUGGGGCAGAUGACAGUCAGUCAAAUGCUGAUGAAGAGGAUGAUGAAUCAAUCUUCCAACCCAUUCCUUGCAAGAAAUUCACUUCUAAAGUUUCUGAGGAGGAGGACAAAAAGAAAGAGAAGGAAAAGGCAUCUAAAUCCAAAAAACAUGACAAAAAUGGAAAUGGGCCCAAUGGUGGCACCAAUGGCACUAAUGGUUCUAGUAAUGGUUCAAAAGUUUCAAAUGGCAAAGGAGAGGACUAUGAAUGUGAACAAAAUGGAAAUGACCAGUCAAUUACAGACUGUUCAAUUGCUACCACGGCUGAAUUUUCUCAUGACACUGAUGCGACAGAAAUAGACUCCCUCGAUGGAUAUGAACUCCAAGAUGAGGAUGAUGGCCUGUGUGAGCAGGCAGACUUACGGCUGUUUGGUCUUCCAGACAGCCGGAGAGAUGUCUGGGCAACAGAUACAUUUAGGUCCUCUGAUCGCUCUUUUCCCCAGACUAAACUGGAGGUUAUUGAAGAGGAAAAAACCCCAGAGGAAUGUCAAAAGGAUAUUAUUGGCAAAGAGAUACCCUCAAAUGGUGGAAAGACUGAUGGUGUUAGUAAAGAUGGAGCUACAAGUCAGGAACAAAAACAUUCAGAUAAAGAGGGGUUUUCAGACACUUACUUUAGUUAUAAGAUAGAAGAGGAGUUUAAUUCUCCUUUUAAGACUGUUGCCACCAAAGGGCUGGACUUUGACCCUUGGCCCAGUAAAGGUGGAGAAGAAGUCGUUGAUAUGGGAGGGACACGGGGAAACAAUGGUGAGCCUAAGCCUUUUGGACUGGCAGUUGACGACCAGUCCCAGGCCACAACACCAGACACUACCCCAGCCCGAACUCCAACGGAUGAUAGCACGCCGACGAGCGAGCCAAAUCCAUUCCCCUUCCAUGAAGGGAAGAUGUUUGAGAUGACACGCAGUGGCGCGAUUGACAUGAGCAAGAGGGACAUGGUGGAGGAGAGGCUCCAGUUUUUUCAGAUUGGCCCUCACAGUCCCUGUGAGAGAACAGACCUCCGCAUGGCGAUAGUAGCUGACCACCUUGGACUCAGUUGGACUGAGCUGGCCAGGGAGCUGGAUUUCUCUGUGGAUGAGAUCAACUUGAUCAGAGUGGAAAACCCCAAUUCCCUGACGGCACAGAGCUUCAUGCUCCUAAAGAAAUGGGUGCACAGGGACGGUAAAAAUGCCACAACGGAUGCUUUAACCGCGGUGCUGACUAAGAUCAAUCGGUUGGAUAUUGUGACUUUGCUGGAAGGGCCCAUAUUUGACUACGGUAACAUUUCAGGCACACGCUGCUUUGCCGAUGAUAACGCAGUAUUCCCGGAUCAGUCCGAUGGCUACGACAAUAUAGAUCUGGAGCUCCAAACCCCCUCAGACCUCAACUACGUGCCCCCAACCCCACUGCGCUCAGACGACUUCUUUAGCGAGGGCGAUCCUUUAGUAGAGUCCCAUAACAAGUCCAUGCUUACUAGACCUAGCGACCUCUCUCUCACUCAGACCACCAGCACCUCCAGCAGCGACCCCCUCACAGUGGCCCCGGGUCCAGGCUCCACUGCCACAGAGCUACCUAUUGCUGGGCCUGAAGAUACAGAAACUGAGAUGUUUACUGAAGAAAAAACAGGAUUGGUGUGUGUAGAGAGGCCAGAUAAUGACAGACGGUUGGUAGAGCAAUCAGGAAAGGAGACAGAAGAAGUAAAAGCAGGAGACCAUCUUGUUUUGGAGAGUCAGGGAGGGGCCGUAAAAGAGAAGGCUACCGCAGACACUGGUCUUGGAAAUGGAGUGGAGGAAGAAGAGGAGGAGGAAAUGACGCAGGAGAGGUUGCAGAGUCUGCUGGAGGAUUUAAAGCUGGAAGAGGGCAUGGAGGAAGAGGAGGUGUCAGAGGAGCUUGUGAAUGCCAUCCUUGAACAAGUACGGAAAGCAGAAAAAGACAUUUAUUCAGUUCCAGGCAGGAGCAGUGAGACGUCUGGCGCAAUCGGGGAGUCAGCAGCCCCUGGCCCCAGCCCGGGCUCUGAGAAGGGCAGCCCCGACAGUCUAGCUGAUUCGCUAGAGGAGCCCCAGGUUCAGACCAACAAACAGAAUGGAGGUCAGACUGAAGCAGCCAGGGAAGGGAUGGAAAAGGUGCCCAGGAGGAAGGAAUCCCAGGAGGACAGCAGCACAGCGGGACCAAGCAGAGGAGACAAGGACGGAGGCAACAGGUCCCAGCACAAAGUCCAGGAGAGUGUUAGAGAGAAGGAGUCCGACUCUGAUGAGGAGACCACUGUCACUACCAGGGUGAUACGCAGACGGGUUGUACUCAAGGGAGAGGAGGCCAGAAACAUUCCUGGAGACUCUGUGACAGAGGAGCAGUUCAUAGAUGAAGAUGGGAAUCUGGUCACCAGAAAAGUGAUCAGAAAGGUUGUACGCAGAGUGUUCAGCUCAGAGGAAAGGAGGCAAAGUGAAGGCGAAUUUAUUGCAGCAGAAGAACCUGCUGCUGCUGCUGGUGGGGGAGGUGUUGGUGGUGGUGUAGCCUCAGGUGGAGCUGACACUGCUUCUUCAUCAGGAGCGGCAGCAAGAGCCACGGGGGGGAAGGGCAAGAAGAAGGGGAAGCGAUCCCGACACGGCCACAAGGAGGAGCCUCAAAGAGUGAAAGCUGAGCCUGGAGACGGUGCCAACAAGAAACCAGGGAGGAAGAGUCAUUCUUAACAGUAGAGCUCUCAACUACAACUGGUCCAUGGACAUCCACCUGUGACCCCCACACAUGACCCUGGGAGGAAAAACAGACCGGGGCCAAUGAAACCGGGAGCCAACACGUGUCUGAAGCUUUCGCUUUACAACGCAUGGUUUUCAGCAAGACAACACGUUACUUUUCUUUGAUUUCGCAUGAGCAUGUCACCAAACUCACUCACUGUUGGAAAACAACACCGAAGGACACGCAUGGACGUGAGCUGGAAACUUCUUUAAUCUUUGGCAAAUGAAAGGCGUCUGUGACCAAAGACGGCACAAACAGCGAGGGAAAAGACUUCACUCUCUCAGACACUCGCCUUGUAUGGCUUUAUUUUUUCCUCCUGCACUCACGGUAUUGGGGUGCACCAUGUGGUUCUUUUAUAAAACAAAACAAAGGAGAUAUAAUAGUACCUGGGUGUUUUUGUUGUACAUAAAUGACACUGUAUAAAAUCUUUAAAAAAAAAAAGAAUUGGUAGCUUCACAGAUUGUUUAUGCACUGAUUUGAGUUGAUGAAGCUUUGCAGAGCCAGUGCAUUUGUAUUGAGAGGUCGACACUUUUCGUGCAGCCUGGAGUGUGUCUUCUGACGUGCUCUUCCCAAAUAUAAAAAGGAACAAAAAAAGCUGUAUGUGAAUGAAACGAAUGGAGAAAAAAAAAUGAUGCUUGAUUUUCAACAGAGGACAUUUUCUUUAAAGACAACAGCUACUCUGCUCUGUCCGAGGGACAUUCUUCAGAGAAAUGAUAUUUUGCUGCAUGUUAUGUCACUUUAUUUUUAACGCUUUCCUUUCUUUCUCUUAAUUCAAAGCACUGUAAUACAACUUAGAGAGGGUGUGAUGGUACUUCUGUCUGUGUGAGCACUCAUAGUAACCCAAACAUCUGUCAUCUAUAACUGUUUUGUUUUUUAAUUUCCUUUUCUUUUCUUUUUUUUUUACAAAUGAAAUGACACUCCACAUCCUAGUGGCGAGAUAGUACAGCAUCCUUCUUAUGCAACAGGAAAGUACUGACACUGUCCAAUGCAUCUUUCAGACUAGCACAUUGUUAGCUCUAGACCGCUAGCAACGCUGUGUGUGUGUGCGUUUGUCUGUGUGUGCGCGUGUGUGUUUAACAUUAAGAAAAAAAAUCCAUGCAUACUAGAAGUGUAUAUUUAAACCUUUAGUUCUACUGUGGUUUUUAAAAGGGGACUUUUACGUUGAUGAUUUUUAUCCUGUUUAUUUGCUUCUAUUUACAUGAGAACAGAGAAUCUCAUUUUUAGCCCCAUCACUCAAAUCGAAAUCUUUGUAAUCACAUACAAAUCACUGUCAGUUAUUAAAAAUGUGACUUUCUGUUCAUGUGUAAAUUGAAUUUCUGUUUGUUUUUUUUUCAUAUGAAUCCACCCUAAGCAUCCAUUGUUGAUAAUAAAUCUGGUACCGACAUGUAUGACAAACCAACAUAGCCUACACUGGAUGAUCCAAGUAAUUAUUUAAGCAGAAAAAUAAAUUGUGUUUAAACUGAA